CGCAGCAAAGCCGCACAUCUCAGCUUCUAGAAUGUUCGAGAGCAGAGUGAAGGGACGGUUUAUGGUCGAGGCGGCCGGAGAAAUCUCAGAGUUUAGGAAAGAAACGACGCUAAAAUGGUCUAUAGUCAGGCUUUGGUGUUUGGAUACGGCUUGUCGGCGGGUUCUGAAGAGGAUAACCUAGCAGGCGGGAUGUGGAGGAAGGUGCUGCAGCACUUCAGAGCUGCUAAAGAACCCAGUGGGCACCUGAAGAAGGCGAACAGCUCCUCGAGUCUGGAGUCUGAGUGCAGCCUGGAGGACGAUGACCUAGAAGCAAGUAUCCAGCAGCAGCAGGAUUUGGCUGUGCAGCUUGAAAAGUGUCUCGUGAUGGCAAAAGCUUCGGUUCUGCAGUGCAGCGAGCUUCUGGUGCCGUCUCGCAUGAGCACGCGUGUAGCCAGAGAUGUUCUCCGUGCUUCAGAGCCCGAGCCAUGCGGUUUGAGAGGCGCGCUCAUUCACGUCUUCGCUGAGACCCAGGCGGGUUUACAGAAGGUGGGCACGGUGACCCCGGAGCACAGCCUCACACCCACCUUCGAGCUGUCGGUGGUGUUCCGGGUCGACUUGCACCGCUGGCUGCCGUUAAAGCACCUGCUCGGCUCCGACGGAGUCCUGCGGCUCCGACCCGAGUAUCGGCUCAUCAAAAGGAAGCUGUACUCCUCUGCCAGCCCGACAGUGAUUGAGUUGUAAAUGUGGGAGUGGUGUGUAGUGGAGAGGGGAGCAGGGAACUGGAUCACUUCUUCUUGUGUCUUAGACUGUUACAAGCCAUUUUGCACUUUCGACUCACUUGCUGUGAAAUUAUUUAUUACUCUUCCUACAGGAAUUUGUUACUUUUUUUUGCAGACUACUGCAGUGUUUAGUGUGUAUGAACGAGUGAAUUAUUUCCUUUUAAAGAAUGUCUGUCUGUUUUGAGGGGUAUGAUGUGAACACUUUCAGAUGCACUGCGUGGGUAGAAAUGUAUUUCCCUGGAAAACACUAUAAUUUAAAAGAUUUUAUUUAUUUUUUUUAAAUGUUUCCAGGUGUUAAAGGAGCCAAGCUGGCUUUGUCUCCGAGUAGCAAGGUGUGUGGGGGGGGAAUUGGGUGUACAUUUUAUCCUUGAUCCCUCAAGACUAAAGAUGAUGACAAAAAAAAAAAUCUUUGCACUGUAUUUGAAUGUAAAAUUACCUCUUCAUGUUAAAUAAAAACGAAGUAUGCACUAAA